GCAUAGACAUCACAUGAAGACAAUAGCUGCUAGGGAAACACGAGAUGAUGGAUAGGAAAACAAAAAAAAGCGGUUGAGCAACAAGUUUCCUCGGCGCCGUGUUGUUUUCAAGCUUCGCACAUAUGCACCCACAACCGAGAACGUGGGAGUGUGGCUGUGUAGUUCAAGGGCACGCAAGCCAGUCGUAACAACGGUUUAUUGUUCCACACGGUAUGGAUCCAAAGUACUUCUUCCUUGUGUCCUCUCACUUCCUCUCAAGUGAACGUUGAUGGAUUCCCAACCUCUUUCCAGCGGAAGAUCAGUGCCUGAUAGCCAUGUAACACACACUCUCGAGGAGCUCAGUGCCGACGAGAUUUACUGGAGGGAUCAUCAAGUAUGGCUGGAGGCACAAGGCUACAUGCUUCGACCUCGAUAUCGCCCUAACUGGGUACCUUCGUGGAAGGGCGAACCAAAUCCAGACUUUUUCCGCAUUGAAGAUAGUCAAACCCUUGGCGCUAGACACCUCAUUGAUGCCACCAGGAUUUCUGAUAAUCAGAUGGUCAUGCUCAAGCGAGUAUCGAUCCACGCACAUCCCUUCGAAGUCGAAAUAACCAAGUACUUCUCAACCGAACCUCUAUCCUCACAUCCGAGAAACCACUCCGUCCCACUUAUUGAUAUCCUUCGAACACCGGAUGAAGAUGACAUUGCCAUUCUUGUGAUACCCCUUCUGCACACAUACGAUGCGCCUCGUUUUCUAACCGUUGGCGAGAGUGUCGAGUUCUUUAGGCAGAUUUUUGAGGGUCUACAAUUUAUGCACCAAUGCCACGUCGCACACAGAGACUGCAUGAACCUCAACAUCAUGAUGGACCCAAAACCUUUAUUUCCGGACAUGUAUCACCCCAUAUCUGUUCGAAUGAAGAAGGACCUUUCUGGCGUCGCAAAACACUAUACACGGACUGCGCGUCCGGUCAAGUACUACUUCAUUGAUUUUGGAAUUUCGCGCAAAUACAGUCCAGUUAAUCCUCAUCCGUUGGAGCCUCCCAUUCGAGGCGGGGACAAGACAGUACCUGAAUUCCAGCGUUCACACCAACCUCGAGACCCGUUUCCGACCGAUAUUUAUUACUUGGGCAAUCUUAUCAGGGAAGAUUUUUUGGAGGUAUGGAUGCUCUUUCUAGACGUGACGGUAUAUGUAAUCAUUGUUAUGCAGAAGACCAUUGGUGUCGAAUUUAUGGCACCUUUGGUGGCCGAUAUGGUGCAAGCCGAUCCAUCAAAGCGACCUACUAUCGACGAGGUUGUCCAGCGCUUUGAAGACAUAUGUCGCUCACUACGGUGGUGGAAGUUACGGUCUCGUCUGAUAGAGAAAAGAGAGCUUGGAUAUCUCAUCACCUUCAGAUCCGUUAAGCAUUACAUCCGAACUGUAGCUCACGUUCUCACUCUCAAGAGCGCAGUCCCCACUCCUCGUACCUGGCCUUCGUAUCUAUAGUUAGCUCGUUCUCGCUUCUACCUUCACAUCUAUAUUACUUUCGUUGCUUGUAUACCCUCUUGCUUCAUACGGAACUUGUGUAUUACCCGGACCCGUGUCCGCUGAUCUGUAUUCAUUGUGAAUCCUUCUUUUGUCCUGAUCAAUGGAUCUUUUCUUGGUCGCAGUCAUUUCCGCAUCAACCAUGCGGCAACUUGAGUAUCUUGG